ACUCGACGCCGGAACGCCGGGAAAACAACGUUUUCCGCCGCGACGAACCGCGCCGAAGUUUUCGGAAUUCGAACGCGCUCGAUUUUUUCUUUUUCACACUGGCCGUUAAGGUUUGCUUAGUUUGAAAAAGUAUUUUGUUUUUUGUUGUUGAGGUGAAAGUGUAUGAAAUAAACUUGUGGGAUAAUAGUGAUUUUUUCGACUCUAUCGGUUGUGAUUUUAUGUAUUGUUUGCUGUUCAGACUUUUGGUCAAUCUUUAAAAUAUUACUGGAGACCAUCAAUCAAGCCCCACUCCCGAGGACAAUUGAAGCGGGCAGCAUCAGCACUUAACAUGUCCAACUAGCCCAUUCAGAGCUCGUCCGAGCGAUGACACGCGCCGACUGAACUUGAGAAAGAGGACACACAACACUGUUAUCGAUGAACGAGUUAAACUACAACGCAGGGAUGAGCUCCUACCAAUUCGUCAACUCCCUCGCCUCGUGCUAUGGGAACCAGGCCCCAGGGCGCACCGGUACGCCGGUUGAGCAGUCCGGGCACCCUGGACUACCAACCCCAGGGGCGGAUUAUUACAAUCCAAAUGCCGCGGCGUCGGCUUACCCGAAUGCCUGCUACUCCCCGCCCCAGGUCGGCCAUCAUUACCCACAACAUCCGUACGCGACACCCGCGAGUGGAGCUCACAUGCAACCGCAAACGAUGAUCGAUUACACUCAACUACAUCCGCAGAGACUCGGCAGUACCGCGAGCCAUUUGCAUCAGCAUUCGAACCCGAGCCCUGGUGCGCUAUCCCCGAACCUCAUGUCCACGCCGUCCAGCCAAGCCGCUGGAGCUAGCUGUAAAUUCGCUGACUCUACAUCCACUACUGGAGUUGCAUCUCCCCAGGACUUGUCCACAUCCUCUGGGCCGGGGAGAACGUCCCCUGGAUUCGGGACUGUCGGACAAAACUCUAGUGGAAGUACAAGCACCAAACUCGGACUGACUACGCCCAUUGCGUCGCCAGUGGAGCACAAAGCUAACGUGAAUCAAAACAUCUCCAGCCCGGCUUCGAGUACGUCGAGCAACGAUAGCAACGAGGCCAACAAUUCUAGUUCAAAUACCAACAAGAAUUCAAAAUCGGCUUCGAACACGCAAGCUAAUCCGCCGCAGAUAUACCCGUGGAUGAAGCGAGUGCAUCUAGGACAGAGUACGGUGAAUGCGAAUGGGGAGACGAAGCGCCAGAGGACGUCGUACACGCGGUACCAGACGCUGGAGUUAGAAAAGGAGUUCCACUUCAACCGGUACCUGACGCGGAGGAGACGGAUCGAGAUCGCGCACGCGCUGUGCCUCACCGAGCGGCAGAUCAAGAUCUGGUUCCAGAACCGCCGCAUGAAGUGGAAGAAGGAGCACAAGAUGGCUUCCAUGAACAUAGUCCCGUACCAUAUGAAUCCGUACGGCCACCCCUACCAGUUUGACCUUCACCCGAGCCAGUUUGCGCACCUCUCCGCAUAGGAUCAGUGGAAUUUUUCGAACAGCGGAUAACUGAUUUACUGAACUAGACAGUCGUCCGUCUAUCGGGGUUGUGUGUGACGCGAAUAUUUCAAUGAAACCUUCGACGUUACAGCAACCAGACUGGAUCAGUUAUUCGCUGCUUGAAAAAUUUCCCUAGUCUAGCCUAAUUUUGUUAAAGUUGUUAUUGUGACUUUACAAAUGACUAUAAAGACAAAGUGUUUGCUUCAAGGUGUGUGUGAACGUGAAGACUAACAUGAAGACGUAAGAAGAUAACUCACAGUGAUCAUGGACGUUACAAACUCAACUAUUUAUUGUCAGCUUAAUAGCCACAUAAGAUAAAAUAUCAUAAAAUACUUUUGUAUCAUUAUCCUUUAAAGAUCUGAGUUGAAUUAAUCUUUAAUAUGCAUAAUGAAAUGUAAUUUGUAAUGAUUACAUUGUAAACAAAGUAUACGAUAAUGAGUUUAAACUUGAAGUAGAAAGAAUUUUACCUAGUCAUAAGCUGUAAUUGGAUUUGCAUAUUAUUCCUAAAUUCUAAGAUAAAGAAUGGAUAUCGGAUAGUGUACAUUGUGAUGGCUAGAUUUAAGAGUAUCAUGUUUAAUUAUUACCAGUUAUCGUACAAUUCAAAAUGAAGCUAUAGCCGUCACGUUAAUAACAAAUUCGGAGAUGUACAGGGAUAGUUUAAAACUUGGUGAAUCCAAACUCAUAAAUUAAAAACAAAGAAUGUAUCAAAAGUUUUAGAUCAUGUAACUAUUGACGAUUAUAAAAUAGUAAGGGCUUGUAAGCUAAGUAAUAAUAGAUACUGUGAAUAGAUAGAUACUUCUUCAUAGUAAUUGUAAAUAAAUGAUUGUGGUUUAGUAGGCACGACGAAAGUUUAAUAUAUUUCAGUAAACUUCCCGAAGAACUGUUUUAUGUUCCUGUCCUUAGUUGUAAAUAACAAAAUAUUUAUCAUAUACACUAUACGAUGUAAUUUAACUUUGAUAAGGUACCUAUAAAUACAAAUAGUAAUUUUUCUAAAGUUUCCACAACGCUACCAAGUAAACAUAAAUUGUGGCGCUAGCUGCGUACUUUGAAAUAUUUAAUGUCGUAUUUGUAAAAUGUACUUAAUAUGCUAAGUGGUUAGUUUCAUUUCUUCCAUAAACACGGUUGUUUCAGUAUCAUUGACGAUAUGAAUUUACGUUUGCUUAAUUUGUUGUCACGUUUUUUUUUAAAUGUCGUAGUCAACUGUGAUAUUUUGUUAAAUUUUGUAUUCUUAAGUGAAACAGCACGAUUUGAGUUCAAGUUUUUUUAUUUUCACUUGUCUGGCUAAAGUGCUAUUUUUGGUUAACUUGACUGGUACAUUUGUUGUAUUAUUUAUUGUUUGUAAAUAUUAGAUAUGUCACUUAGUGUAACUGAAUUAAAUAAUGUUCAAAUCUUAACGUGUAAUAACUUUAAAUCAUCACUAAUUGAAUUUUGCUUGUAUGUAAAUUUUACUGUGCAAUAGGACGUGGCCUAUUUUUCAACUCCUCCGUAUUUCUCGUGUAAAUAAAUUCUUUGUUUAGUUAUGUUAUUUCUUUUUAACUGAUUUAUUAUAAAAUAUGUUUAUCGUUCAUUCCAAUUUAAAUGAGGACUCUAGGAAAGUAGCAACUUGAUCAUUUAAAUUAUUGUAUUGUAUUAAUAAAGUGUAUUAAAUUUGAAAAAUUGGUGAAGAUGAUAA